AUGAACAGACGAGGAAAGAGGGUCGAGGAGGAGACGGGAAAGAACUGUGACACAGAUGAAAGAAAAGAUUCGGGCAGGACGGGAGGAAUGGAAAGAAAUGAAAAGAACACAUUAACACUCUGGGUGAUCAGGAGAGACGAAUCACAGAAUGAGGCGUGCGAGCAGAACAGGCCCAGCUACCCGGCGUUCCGGCUGCACCAGGUGCUGGACGUGGACGCGGCGACGGACCACCGGCGCUGGGAGCAGCUCCACCGGCAGCUCAACCGCCUGGAGGUGAACCUCACGCAGCUGCAGCUGCUCACCCCGGGCCUGCAGGUGCAGCUGUCUGGGCUGCUCAACGCCGCGCUCGUCAACCUCACGUCUCACCGCUCGCAGGUGCGCUCGGACCCCAUCAACGCGAGCACAGGGCUUGGCCAGCGGAUCUACAUAGGCUACUUAGACGCAGAGCAAACGCUCAGAGAGGCGUUGACGGGGCGGGGUGGGUGUGCGCAGCUGUCGAGCCCGGUGACCGGCAAGGACCUGACGUCGUUCGCCGACCAGCUGGAGAGCGUGGCCAACCAGAUCACCGACCUGGCGACGGCGUCGCGCAUGGAGACGCUGGCCUCGCGCACCCGCCGCCUGCUCACCAGCCACCUGGAGCCGCUCAAGCUGCGCAAGGAGGAUCUGGUGUAUCAGAUCACCUCUUUAGAAGUGCAGUUGGUACCUCUGCAAAGACAGGUCAACCAGUCAUUAUCUCAUUUGAAGACUAUCCAGUUUUUCAUCAACAACCAAGGAUCCAACAUUUCACAUACUAAGUCGCGGGAGUACGCGGGCCGCCUGGUGAGCUACGUGCAGCAGUACCGCGAUCACGUGCUGCGCGCCACCGGGGAGAGCGUGGCGCCGUGCAGGCCCAUCUGGGACCUCUUCCACGCCGUGCGCCAGCUGCUGUGCAGGCACAUCAUGGACCCGCUGCGCGAGCGCACGCUCCCUGCCGAGUGGGCUCGUGCGCCUGCUCAAAGCGCUGCUGGCUGGUGCGCAGAACGGCUUCUGGUUCGGCGCCAUCUGGUGCCUGCUGCUGCUGCUGUCGGCGGCGCCGCUGAGCGUCAAGCUGGCCGAGAGCUACCCGCGCAGCCAGCCCCCCGGCCUCCUGCACCGCGCCAGCGCCGAGAGUCCCCCGGACCCGCCAAUCCUGCCGGAGCAGACGACGUGGUCCACGCCCGGGUACGUGCAAACGCUUUGCUCGCAACCCCCGGCUUCCCUCGCGUACGACAAUUACGCCAUGUACCAGAGAAAGUUCUAAAUGCUCCUCCUCCCCCUGCAGACUAA